AUGUCUGCUAUCAAUGAGAUACCAAGUUUCUUGAAACAGACACAUGAAGAAAUCCUUGAGAAGCAUAGAAGAAUUGUGCAUGAAGAAAGGCAUCGAUUGAGAUCAAUAUCUGCGGUUCAAAAUCAUCAUAAGUUUAGUGUUGAUGAAGCAUUAGCACAUAAAACUAAGAAUAGAUACAGUGAUGUUCUUCCAUACGAUCAAACACGGGUUAGAAUAAGAUCUGAAGGUAGGUACAUUAAUGCAAGUCGUAUAAUGUUGAAGGACAUUUGCAACAAGACAAAGGAAGGUUAUUACAUUGCGACGCAAGGACCUAUGAAAAAUACGGUCAAUGACUUUUGGGAAAUGUGUAAAGAAUUGAAUGACGAAAAAAUCGUCAUUGUUAUGGUGACCGCUCUCAGAGAGAAGGAAAUCGAUAAAUGCUAUCAGUAUUGGAGGGACGGGAACUUUGAUAUAUGCGAUUCGGAUGGUAAAGCAUUGCUCCAUUUUGAUGCAAUUACUCAUUAUUUUGAAGAUGGGGGGUUUGAAGUGAGAAAAUGGCUAAUGACAGAUAUGCUAACAUCACACAAAAGAGAAGUGGUUCAUUUUUAUUAUGAUGCAUGGCAGGACUUUGGGAGACCAAAUAACCACUUAGACAUUAUAUCUCUUGCUGAAGAGGUUAUAAAAGAGCAAAAGUCAAUUAGAAAUUUAGAAAAGAAUCCAUUGAUUGUUCAUUGCUCAGCUGGCGUUGGAAGAACAGGUGCUUUUAUUUCACUCCAUUACAUGCUCAGCCAUUUACAAGAUAUGUUAAAUACAGAAGGAAAAUUUAUUUGUGAUGGAGAUCCAAUUGAACAGAUAGUUUAUCAAUUGAGGAAGCAGAGAAUGCUUAUGGUUGGACCAUCUCAGUUUCAAUUUGUUUACGAUGCUGUUCGAUCAUGCUGGAGGGAGCAGGUUUCAGAAUCGGUGCAUUUAAGUGAAGCAAUCAAAAAAUAA